UUUGCGCAGACGUCCACCGCAUGUCCAUGUGUGCAUUGAUCUGCGAGUGACAGAUCACCGCCUCCAAAGCAGCCCCCGGGUUCAGGGUUUGCCCCUCCUGACCAGCACCAAUCUGAGAUGGAUAGACGGAGGGGGCGGGAAGGUUAGUUUGAAGAGGGCAGAGCUUUGCGAGAGGACGCCGAUUUCCCCUUAUUGUUUCACCGCUGGACAAAAAAGAAAAAGAAAAAAGAAAAAGCAGUGGACAAUAACAGCUGAGAGAGGAAUCAGUCCGAACAAGAAGCUCAUUAACUCCAAGGAAAGCCAGUCGGGAGAGAAGAAAUUGCUAGAACACAUCCCUUUAUAUCUGCCGGACCGCUCUGUUUUAACUGAUAUGGCGGCUACACCGUGGAAGCCUAUAUCAAUACACAUGGGCUUCUGGAUCUUCCUCCUGCUCCUCAACCUCCUUCCUUCAGCCAGGGCAGUGGUUGGACACAGAGAGCCGUUGCCUGAUGAUAGUAGAGACAAUAUCACCAUUUUCACCCGGAUCCUAGACCGGCUGUUGGAUGGAUAUGACAACAGGCUACGUCCAGGGCUGGGAGAGAGUGUGACAGAAGUGAGGACAAACAUCUACGUGACGAGUUUCGGGCCGGUGUCGGAUACAGAUAUGGAGUACACCAUCGAUGUCUUCUUCCGCCAGAGUUGGAGGGACGAGAGGCUGAAGUUUGACGGGCCCAUGCAAGUGUUACCCCUCAACAACCUCCUGGCCAGUAAGAUCUGGACUCCUGACACCUUCUUCCAUAACGGGAAGAAAUCGGUGGCCCACAACAUGACGACUCCUAACAAACUGCUGCGACUAGUUGACAACGGCACGCUUCUCUACACGAUGAGGUUGACCAUUCAUGCAGAGUGUCCCAUGCACCUGGAGGAUUUCCCCAUGGAUGCACACGCCUGUCCUCUGAAAUUCGGAAGUUAUGCUUACACCAACAAUGAGGUGAUCUACCUGUGGACCCAGGGAGACGAGAGGUCUGUGGCCGUGGCAGAGGACGGCUCCAGGCUCAACCAGUAUGACUUACUGGGACAUGUUACUGGCAAAGAAACCAUCAGUUCCAGCACAGGAGAAUAUGUAGUGAUGACAACAUAUUUCCAUUUGAAAAGGAAAAUUGGCUAUUUUGUGAUUCAAACCUACCUCCCGUGCAUCAUGACUGUCAUACUGUCUCAGGUCUCCUUCUGGCUCAACAGAGAGUCGGUUCCUGCUCGCACUGUGUUUGGGGUCACCACUGUCCUAACCAUGACCACCCUGAGCAUCAGUGCUAGAAACUCCCUCCCUAAGGUGGCCUAUGCCACUGCCAUGGACUGGUUCAUGGCAGUGUGCUAUGCCUUUGUCUUCUCUGCCUUGAUUGAGUUUGCCACAGUCAACUACUUCACCAAGCGCAGCUGGGCAUGGGAUGGGAAAAAAGAGGGCAUGGAAAUAAGGGAACCGUUUCAGGCUAACAUGGCCAGGAUUAACGAUAUGAGAAGAGAAUCUGCUACAUUGUCCAAAAAAGCAAACAACACAUUCAACAUUGUUGGAACCACCUACGCCAUCAACGUGGCCAAAGACCAAGGUUUAAUGACCGUCUCCAAGAGCGCCACACCAGUCCCCACCAGACACUCCUACCUCCACAAAAUGGAUGACCCUUACGAAGAGGCCAAGAAGUCGUACAACCGUGUCAGCAAAGUGGACAAGAUAUCGCGCAUAAUUUUCCCAGUUCUGUUCUUCAUCUUCAACUUAGGCUACUGGGCCACAUAUGUCAACAGAAAGCCCGCUAUGAUGAAGUCAAACAACUUAAACUGAAUUUGACCAAAUGCUAGGCUUGAUCUGGUUUUGUUUUGAAGGUAUACAGGUUUGCAGGAGGCCAAGUUCAUCACACCUUAUUGUAUGUGUGUGUAUGUGUGUGUAUGUGUGUGUGCGUUUCGUGCAUCUGUUUUUUCUUAAGGGUUUGAUAUUUUGCACGUCUGAUAGAUGGAAGGCAAAUUUAAACAAACAGUAGAUGCACAUAUAGUAGUGGACGUUGGAGGGAGCACAUUUUUCACAUCAGAAUGUUUGUGUUGCAUUUAUUUUCUCCCCCCCACACUUAUCUCUGGCCCGGUUCCCUGCAAUGAAUAACCCAGUGUCCCCUCGCUGUAUCCUGAUUGCUUGCCGUUUUCUAGAGUAGUCAAAUUGUGUUUUCACUAUGUUUCAAAAUGUUUGCGCUUUGCUUAUAAUAAGUUAGAGCAAGCAUGCCUUUGGAGUUUUCAUUGUAGCUCAUUACCAGUGAUACGAUUUUGACAUAUCCAUCAAGUUAAAAUCAUGCAUGCACGCACGCAGACAUAGACACAGAAAAACGCCUGAAGAGCCGUUCGUCGGUUGCCCUGCCCUGCCUGUACACUUCCAUAGGAACAGCAUUAAUAAUCCUUUGGCCUUCAGCUCACGCUGAGUCUUAUCAGACCCAAUGCAGUAUCAUAUGGAAUUGCUAUCGCGUCCCACGAGGCUGCCUGUACAUUUUCUAGUCCAGUGGCUCCUAUUGUUUUCACUGGCGGAGUACGCUCAAUGACAAAGAAGCUAUGUGCCUUGGUGAAUACACACAUCAUAAAGUAUUAAAGGCUUUGACACACUCACAUAACAGCACACAUGUGCACAGCGGUCUGUGUGUAUUUUACAUGCAAACAUUUACUGGUAUCCAAAGGCACUGGGAGUAUGUGGCCGUGCCCCACCCACCCAUGGCCGUGUAAAAUUGUCCAUUAGUGGGAAGGUUAACAGACCUCUGCCUGUGAGAAGAUGAAGAGAUUAAAGGAUCCAGCGUAGUCCAGAACAAUUACCAUGUGCAUUUAUGUUUUGGCUCAUGGUGCGCCGUCGCUGUGAGCCGGGCAGUCAUAACAAACUACACCAUUACCUCGGACUCAAGUGGGAUUCUGAAUCGCAGUUUGUUAUACGUUUUUCAUGGAAAUGCAAAUAACAUUAGAUGUUUUAUACAUUAAAACAUACCAGACCCUUUUUAUUUCAUGUACAUUGUGGCACGCACCGUGGUGCUUUUAUUUAUUCGUUUUCUCUGCAUCAGUGUUUUUGGCUCCAUUAUUAUUUUUCUGCCUUGUCAUAAGUAUAUUUUUGAUUCAUGUUGUACUUUUAUACUUGAUUGUGUAAAGUAUUGGUGUUGAUUUGAUUGUCUACAUAUGAUGUACUCUUAUUGUGUUUUAAAGUAGACAACAAAGGCCAAUAUGUCACAGUCACACAGUAUUUCUAAACAAAUUUCGGAGACAUUCUCAUCCCUGGAGACCAUUAUUCUGCAAAAAAAAAAGCUGUCAAAUUGGUCACCACAAUAAAAAUACAACUAAAUGCAAGUUUUGUCAUAUUGCUUGACAAACACAAUUGGUGAUUUCAAAAUGUUACAUGAGAUAUGUCUCCAGCUUUUGUUUUCUGUUUAUAAAAUGACAUUUGUAUUUUUAGUUUUGUGUUGAACUUAGUAUGUGUUAAAACAGACUUUAUAUUAUUCUCAAACUAUUUCUGUUGGCGUUUUGCCGGAUGCUCUCUGGAUAUUUUGCAUCGUCUUAAUUAUAGACUCUUUGAUGACCACUACAUUAACGUUCUUCAAUGGUGUAGGAGAAUGAGUGAACUGUGUUGUAACCUCUUUAAAAAAAGGCGUAACAAAACAUGUACAAUGUAACAGUCAUAGGUUAAUGCAUGACAAUCUGUACGCGUGUAUGUCUGCAACCUCCAGUAAUGGUGUUUUUCACACUGAAAUAGGGCUUAGUAUCAGUGUUUCUGUAGUUCAUCCCAGUUAGUCAUCAAUUACCCACUCAUAACCUCAGCUUCAUCUGCAGAAACACACUUAAAGUUCAAUUAUGUGUGCAUAUUGAUGUGAUGAUAAUAAUGUAAUGCUGGCAGACUUCUGAAAGUGUUUUACCCUGUUUGGUUGCACACAGAUUUUAGGCUUAGUGAUGUGUACUACCACACAGAACUGGCUCUACAUCCAUAUCAGUUACAAACAUUAGAAUACAAAUUCAGUUUGCAGUAUGGAGAUGCUUGAGUGUUAUCAAACUAGUAGAGGAUAUUUGAACUAUUACAUCCAAUUAAAACAUGUCUUUAUCCUGCACACAUUGGGAUAAUUCAGGCCUGAGAAUGCAAAUUGUUCACACUCAAAUGGGACUAUAAAUAUCUCGUGGUAAACCAUUUUCAUAUUCAAACACACACAUGCACAACAAUGACUUUACUGAGAUGAAAAACCAUGAAGCCAUAAACUCUGGAUGGGAUUUGUGAGGUGCUCAUACAGUUUUUAUAGUCAUAUCAAAUUCAUAAUAACAGAGUGUGAAUGUGUCCCCGUCUAAUGGCAUUUCUAAAUACUUAACAGAAUCAUGCUGCUGACACAGAAUGACUUCCUGAAUGCAGUUUAUUUCAUGAAUUGAUAUACCAAACAAAUGAUUCAUGGCUCAAAACAGUGAUACACAUCUGCUGAUGGUUUAAAGCUGACUGUCACAAGAGCCUUAAUGUUAAUGUAUAAUGCUCUUCUGUUACGGAGAUACUGGAGGUAAGUGGGAAGAAGCAGCUGCUAAACAUUUGAUCAUAAUAUCACCAAGAGGACCACGCAGCUCGAGUCAGACAGAACCAGUAGCCUACCUUGUUUGUUGGGACCAAAGAAACUUGUGUGUUAGGACUGUUCAGUACUGUAAAAGGGAUCUAAUUUAAUUCCCUCCACAGUGUGAGCGGAGUGUGGUGGGUAACUCAUGAAAUCUGCAUUAAACCCGUUUAUAGCUUUGACAGAAAACUAAUGACCAAAAUACACAUAGGAAGGCAAAAAAGGGUGAACUUUGUCAAUAUUUACUGCCGUUUCUUCACUUUCUCCAUCACUGAAAAAUGGUUUACCAAGAGAUAUGUUUUAUAUGUGGUCUGACAGAUGAAGUGAACGUUUUGUUUUUACUCAUUAUGCCGUAUGAAUAACCGCAGAUCUUUGCGUCAUACCAUCACUUCGAGCCAUUUCCAGACUUCCAGAGCCUCAACCACAUCAUGUGCCCUCUGCAGCUACGGAAUAUUUUUCCUCAAACUGAACGGCCAUAGCAGACAAACAUACUAUAGUGCAACAAUGAGGGAUGAUUAAUCAAGUUUAGAAAGGAAAUAAUGAAAGAGUAUUUCGAUGCAUGCAUAACUGGCACAUAAGGUCAAGUGUUUUGUGGUAUUUCAGGAAUUAUUUUAAAUCUCUGUUGCUGAGGGGUUUGAUAAGGAGGACUCUGCUGUAUUGUUGCUUUUGGUUUGGUUAUGAUGGUGUUCUUUGUGUGGUGAAUCCUUUCCUCACAGGGUCAGAGUUCAUUUCAGCAGAAAUAUGUCAUCCUAUAAGACACAGUAUAUUAAGAGUAUAUUACUAUAUGAAUCUAUUUAUGCUAUCCAGUACGGCAUUAAAUAUUAUGUUUUAUACGGCAUAACCUCUACAGCAUUGAUGAAAAUCUCUUGAUGGGUAGAAAGCAGUAGACUUAUAGAUUAACUGAACAAAAUAUUAUAAAAUAAAGGGCAACAAUUCUAAAUGCUCAGAAUAGUGUUACCAAGUUGUGAAUUUGUAGAUAUUGUGAAAUCAAUUCCAAUAGUUUAUGUGAAUAUUGAUACGUCACGUCAUUUAUUUUUACAUCUGAUAGGUACUGCUGUCUUACGUUGCACUCUGUAACACUACGUGUUAUGGCAUUUUAAAGACGUACAGUAGAGAUAAUAUUCAUCAAACUAAUUAAGAUCUGUACCCUGUGUGCACUUUCCAAACCUAACUGUGAAUUAGCAGCUGUCUGCAAGCAGAGUUGUACACACUGUGUUCUCUCUCCAGCAAUUUCACUGCAUGUCCCGACGCAUUGAGAGAUCAAAGACUUCCUCCACAAAGACAGCUCCGGGAACAUAGUGGACUUUGUGUUUUUGUCGGGAAGUUGCUCUCUAUAUGCUCAGUGACUGGACUCUGUAUGUUGCCCUCUCGUUCAUGUUCUAACUGUAUGAGAUGUAGCAAAUGCAAAUGGGGAUUAAAAGGACGUUGUAUUUGUCUCAGGAGUUAUGAAGACCUUCUUGGAGCCUCAACGGUGCACAUUUUCAACAAGGAGUGGACUCAUCCUAUGUGCCUUUAGAGGCUCAUUUUAAUAGUACACUUGUCUGAUUCUUUGUGUCAUUGCUGUGUCUGUGCAUGCAAGUUGUUUUGUUUGCGGGGUAGAUAAAGGAUAAAGGAUAGAAUCCAUCAGUACUGUUCAAGGAGAUCCUGCAGGGAACUAAACAUGGUGCAAGCAUUCAAAUCAACACAGCCAAUAACAUGCCUCUGUAAAGAUUGGUAUCAA